GCGCCUGCGCCGGCGCUUUGUACGACGCGCGGGGUCAGGAGUCACCGGCAAGAUGGCGGCGGCGCUGACCUUCCGCCGGCUGUUGGCUCUCCCCAGGGCUGCGCGGGGUUUCGGGGUGCGAGUGUCACCGAGCGGAGAGAAGAUCACGCAUACCGGCCAGGUGUAUGAUGAAAAAGACUACAGGAGGAUUCGUUUUGUAGAUCGUCAGAAAGAGGUGAAUGAGAACUUUGCCAUUGAUUUGAUAGCACAACAGCCUGUGAAUGAGGUGGACCACCGUAUCAUAGCCUGUGAUGGAGGGGGUGGUGCCCUGGGCCACCCCAAGGUGUACAUAAACUUGGACAAAGAAACAAAAACAGGGACGUGUGGCUACUGCGGCCUGCAGUUCAAGCAGCACCAUCACUAGUGUGGGCUGUGUCCUGGUCCUCGGACUCCUGUGGAGCAUCUCCACGCUUGGUGUCCUGUGUGAGGUCACUGCUCUGUGAACGGUGUCCCUUGUUAUGAAUAAAGGAUGCUUCCACCAUG